GAACCGUGUGCGGAACAUGGACUCGGACGCCGGAGUGUGUCGCCACACCUGAGGCAGGAGGCAGAGAGGAGAAAGAGCUAACAGGUGACCAUGGCGGAGAGUAACCACUGCGCGUCCAACGUCCUUCCCCCUGGUGUCCACGGCGCGUCGGGCGACUACUACACCGAGAGUGACGAGGAGGAGGACAGUGAUGAGCGCGACUCCCCGAUCAUCUCCCUGUCCAAGAGCUCCACGGCCGUGGCGACCGGACCGCUGCCGCGCUCCGAGCUGGCCUGGUUCCGGUCGGACCUGCGCAAGAGCGCCAGCGCCCAGCGGCCGCGCAGUCUGGCCGGGUCGGGAGCCAACAUGUCUGCCUCCAAGUUCGGCGUCCUCUCCGGGGGUUAUGUGCUGCGGCAGGAGAGGACCACCAGCCUGGGGAGCGGAGGCAGCAGCAGCAGCCCGGACACGGUCAUCUGGAGAGGGGGCACCAGAGGGCGUCCCUGGAGCAUCACGGAGGACCCCUGCGCUAAGCCCGCGCUAGCCCCAGAGAGGGGCGCUCUCCCUGGGUUCCCUCCCUGCAGUGGCCCCUACUUCCAUAGGGACCUCCAGGCGGGACGGCUGGAAAGACAGAGCCUGAGUGGGUACAACCAGGUGGCGGGCACAGAUGCUGCACCCAGGUCUACCGCGCUGGAGGGGCGGCCGGAUGAGGGUGCCGGGGGAAACGGUGGGGACACCGAGACUUUUUUGGGGCUCAUUGAUGGACGGGCUCCCAGCUCGCUGGGUGGAUGCUGCAGGACUGAUCGCCCUGGCAGCGUUUUGCGUACCUCUGGUAGUUUUGGUACCUCAGUGUCGCUAACUCUCCCCUAUGCUAAUGCUGACGCGACGCAACUCCACUACGCCCCCCCACUGUACUCGCCGGUGACUUAUGUCUCUGAGGGUCAAAGGUCGUCACUCUCAGCCGGGUCUCUGGCUUUCCCCCCUCUGGUGUCGUCCAUCAGCGAGACGAGCCUGGACCGGCGCCUCCUGACCCACUGCUGCCGUGGGGACAGCGACUCGUCCAGCGUCUGCAGCUCCGCAACAGUGGCGGCGGCACCCGUGUCUGCGUCGUCAGCAGCGCGGCGGAUGUGGGCCUCGCGGCAGCGGCCGGCGGUCAGGGAGGCCAGCACCAUGACGUCCCGUAGCGACCUCCGAGACGUAGGGGUGCAGACUGGGUCUUUGGCGGGGUCCCCUGCCAGCGCUACCACCAUCGCUGCACUUUCGUCCAGCGGCCAGUCGAGUGGAGAAGACCAGGGGGAGACGAGGGGGUUGACAGCUGGGGAGCCAAGUGGUGUUGGUGGUGGAGAUAUGGUGAUCGGAGGGGGACGAACCCCCAUUCGGGAGGUAGAGUGGGAUGAGGAGGGGAUGACCUGGGAGGUAUACGGGGCGGCGGUGGACCCCGAGGAGCUGGGCCAGGCCAUCCAGAGACACCUGGAGCUGCAGAUCAAGGUUUCGGCUGUCGCCAUGGCGACGAGCGACGACGACAAUGACGACCCUGAAGGCAAAAGUCAGCAGGGCGCCGAGGGAGAGGGUGCGGAGGCCGGGAAAGUCGCUGGGGACGGAACGCAAUCGAGUGGAAAGAAGAAGAGGAGAGUCGGAGAGAGGAUGUCGCUACGGAGACCUGGAUGCUGUUUGCGGUCCAGCACAGUGGGGGAGUGAAUUAUGGGAUGCCGAGUAAAGUAUUGGUCCAGUAGGUUAAAGUCACAGUGUGAAUGAAUUCAUGAUCGAGUGGUUACACCAACUGUAUAUUGUGCAUUUGCCGACACCCAAAGUGCUUCACACAAACUAUAUGGGGAAUCAUUUCACUAGAACUAGUAAGGUGCAAAAAGGGUUUAAACAAGGUCAUUUAAUAGCGCAAGAGGUUUGAAAAACCUUCACUUUCCAGUUAUCAAUUUAGAGACUGGAGACACAGGCACCCACAGACUGGAACUGACCUUGAGGCAGCAGUGGUUACCACACAGUUUGUCCUUGAAUGUACUUUUUUUCUUUCUUUCUUUCUUUUUUGGUGACCACCCUCUUCUCCUUCACCCAGAUAACAGUCCAACCAGAUAACACUUCCAACACGUCGAUCGCUAUGAGGGCAGUACGGCUUUACGCCCUUUCAUUGAAAAUGCAAUCAGAUUUUGGUGAAAGAAUCUUGACAUUUCAGCUCAACAGACACUAAAAUUACACUCUUCCCUUCCGA